AUGGCUAGACAACUGGAUCAGAACAUCUCCAAUAACAUACGACUCACUGGUGGCUAUGGCUUCUGCUCUGGUAGAGUGGAGAUCCUGCAUAAUGACCAGUGGGGAACAGUGUGUGAUGACGACUGGGACCUGAAUGCUGCAGACGUAGUGUGUAGACAGAUUGGAUGUGGUAAAGCUGUCACUGCUCAUCAAAGUGCCCACUUUGGUCAGGGAAGUGGUGAAAUAUCGCUGGAUGAUGUUCAGUGUUCUGGAAAUGAAAGCACCAUCACACAGUGCUCUCACAGAGGAUUUGGAAUAAACAACUGUAGCCAUGGUGAAGAUGCUGGUGUUACUUGCUCAGAUAACGUACGACUCACUGGUGGCUACAACUCCUGCUCUGGUAGAGUAGAGAUCCUGUAUAAUGACCAGUGGGGAACAGUGUGUGAUGACGACUGGGACCUGAAUGAUGCAGAGGUGGUGUGUAGACAGAUUGGAUGUGGUAAAGCUGUCACUGCUCAUCAAAGUGCCCACUUUGGUCAGGGAAGUGGUGAAAUAUGGCUGAAUAAUGUUCAGUGUUCUGGAAGUGAAAGCACCAUCACAAAUUGCACUCACAGAGGAUUUGGAGUAAACAAUUGUAGCCAUAGUAAAGAUGCUGGUGUUACUUGCUCAGUUGGAAUACGACUCACUGGUGGCUACAGCUCCUGCUCUGGUAGAGUGGAGAUCCUGUAUAAUGGUCAGUGGGGAACAGUGUGUGAUGACAGCUGGGACCUGAAUGAUGCAGAGGUGAUUGGAGAGCUAAAAUAUUAUACAGAAAAAUACAUCUACAGCGAAGCGUGA